AUGGGUUCCUUAACACAGCCCAAACUUCCAGUUAUUGAUUUAUCCUCAGAAAGUUUAAACUUGAAUUCAAGUUCUUGGGUUACAAAGUGCGAAGAAGUUAGAAGCGCACUUGAAGAAUACGGGUGUUUCAUAGCUUUGUAUGAUGGGGUGUCUCGUGAACUUCGUGAUGCAACUUUCCUUUUAUCAAAAGAAUUAUUCAAUCUUCCUACCGAAAUUAAAGCUUUAAACAUCACAGAAACACCAUAUCAUGGCUAUAUUGGGCAAGAAGCCCUGGUUCCUCUUUAUGAAACAUUAGGCAUUGAAGAUGUAACUACGACACAAGGAGCUGACAGUUUCACAAAACUCAUGUGGCCAUCAGGAAAUCAAAGUUUCUCCGAAAGUGUGGUGAUGUACUCCAAGGCAGUAGCAGAACUAGACCAUCUAGUGCUGAAAAUGGUAGCAGAAAGUUAUGGAAUAGAAGAACCAUACGAAUCGAUGCGUGGGUCAACCGCUUAUGUUCUUAAACCCACGAAAUACCUACGCCCUCAAAGCAAUGAGAAAUUGUUGGGAGUUCUUCCACACACUGAUAAAAGCUUCAUGACUUAUCUUCAACAAGAUGAAGUAAACGGUCUCGAGAUAAAGGCGAAAGAUGGGGAGUGGAUUGAAGUUGAUUAUCCACUAUCAUCUUUUGUAGUCAUGGCAGGAGAUGCUUUCAUGGCAUGGACAAACGGAAGAAUUGAAGCGCCAACUCACAGGGUGAUGGUGACGGGGGACAAAGAGAGAUAUGUAAUGGGGCUAUUUACAUCCAUCAGGGAUCACAUCAUACAGGUACCUCAACAACUCGUCGAUGAAGAACACCCGCUGCAGUUUCGUGCAUUUGAUAAUUACAAGUAUAUGCAUUUCUAUUACACUGAAGGGAUUUACUCACAGUGUCCCAUCAAAACCUACUGUGGAAUUUGAAGCACCAAUUACUAAAAAAUAGGAGUUCGUUUUGGAGUCGAUAAUAUAUUGAGAACUAUAAAACCAUAUACACUACGUACAAGUGCAUUAUGUGGUUCUCGAGGUUCUCAACAUAUUAUUGGUUCCGAAACGGGCUUGCCCCUGUGUAUAGUGUAUUGUUCAAAUCCAAGGUGCCCCAUCAAAACCUAUUGUGGAUUUUGAAGCACCAUCGUUUGGUCAUAUCUAUGUAUGCGUGUUGUUUCUUGUUUCCCUUUGUUGAAGUAUUAAUCACUGUACGAAUGCAUAAAAUUUGUGUAGUUCAAAAGUUAUAUGUAUUGUUAAAAUUCAGCAGAUAA